AGGAGCACUGUCUCAUCUCGUGCAUCCGUGGUGCCUGCCAACUUCAAUUCCACACUUGCCCACAAUUCCACAAUUCAAUUCCACACUUACUUUCAUAGGUUUUGCCCCCUCCACUCCUCAGUCAUGAUCCCUUGGGUCCUUCUGCUCCUGUGGAUCUCCGGACAUGGGGCGGAGGCCAUGUUUUCCCAGCAGCCACAAGAUCUGGUUGUGGUGGCAGGCCAGCUUGUGACGUUACCAUGCACUAUCCCCGGUUACCAUGGCGUUGUCCUAUGGAUCAAAGAUGGCCUGGCCCUGGGAGUUGGCAGAGACCUCGCUGGCUAUCCUCGUUACACAGUGAUUGGCGACCACGGUUCAGGAGAGCAUCAUUUGCAAAUCCAGCGUGUCGAGCUGAUGGAUGAUGCUGUGUUUGAGUGCCAGGCUGUCCAGGCUGCCAUGAGGUCCCGUCCUGCCCGUCUCACUGUUCUGGUCCCCCCAGAGGACCCAGUCAUCAGUGGAGGGCCGGUGGUGAGCCUAAGGGCUGGUGACCCACUCAAUCUGACCUGCCAUGCGGACAACGCCAAGCCGGCAGCCUCAAUCAUCUGGAUCCGCAAUAGAGAGGUCCUUAACGGGGCAAUGUACUCCAAGACCUUGCUCCGGGAUGGCAGGAGAGAAAGCACUGUGAGCACGCUCUACCUAUCACCUUCCAACAUCGAGACGGGUCAGCAGAUCAUCUGUAAGGCAUCCAACAAGGCAGUCACCAAUGGCAAGGAGACCAGUGUCACAAUUGACAUCCAGCAUCUCCCACUAGUUAAUCUCUCAGUGGAGCCUCAACCUGUUCUGGAGGGCAACCUUGUGAAAUUCCACUGCUCUGCAAAGGCCAACCCUCCUGUCACACUCUACAGGUGGGCCAAAGGAGGAAGCAUUAUCAAGGAGGUUUCCGGCGACACAUAUGAGGUUAUUGUGGACCACUCCUUCUUUACAGAACCCGUUUCCUGCGAGGUUACCAACCCUCUUGGCAGCACAAACAUCAGCCGCAACGUUGACGUCUACUUUGGUCCUCGCAUGGCUGCGGAGCCUCAGUCCUUGCAGGUGGACCUUGGAUCUGACGCUGUUUUCAACUGUGCCUGGACAGGAAAUCCCUCUCUUACCAUAGUGUGGAUGAAGAGGGGAUCUGGAGUGGUUCUUAGCAAUGAGAACCUCCUGACACUGAAAUCUGUGAGACAGGAGGAUGCUGGGAAAUAUGUUUGCCGUGCUGUGGUCCCGCGUGUAGGAGCAGGAGAGAAGGAGGUUUCUCUCACUGUCAAUGGGCCACCUACUAUCUCCAGUACACAGACUCAGCAAGCCUUACAUGGAGAAAAAGGACAAAUCAAAUGCUUCAUUCGAAGUACACCUCCUCCAGACCGCAUUGCCUGGUCAUGGAAGGAAACGGUGCUGGAGUCUGGAACGUCCGGCCGCUACACCGUGGAGACCGUCACCACAGAAGAAGGAGUAAUCUCCACACUGACCAUGAGUAACAUUGUCCCAGCUGACUUCCAGACCAUCUACAACUGCACCGCGUGGAACAGCUUUGGCUCGGACACCGAGAUCAUACGCCUUAAGGAACAAGGUGGGAGCAAAGGUUCGACAGAAGGACAUUUCUCUUUGUUGCUCUCUGCAGAAUCUCUCCCAGUGGCGGUGAUCAUUGGCAUUGCUGUGGGAGCUUUUGUGGCCCUCAUUGUCCUCAUGGGCACCAUUGGAGCAUUCUGUUGCACCCGCUCCCAGAGAAAGGAAGCGCACCUGGUUAUGCCCUCACUGCCCGUCUCCAUCUGUGCUCACCAGAGAGAACUUGCAAGCAAAAUUAAGACAGAAAAUCUGAACGGAGUCGUGUCGGCAAAAAAUGACAUCCGGGUGGAGAUUGUACACAAAGACCACAAUGCAGCACGAGAAAACGAAGAACACACCUCCAUGAAGCAACUGAUGGUCGAACGAGGAGAAUUCCAGCAGGAGUCUGUUCUGAAGCAGCUGGAGGUCUUACAAGAAGAAGAGAAGGAGUAUCAGCACAUUAAGGACCCUACAAAUGGAUAUUACAGUGUCAAUACAUUUAAGGAGCACCACACGCCUACCAUGGCUGGAAAUCAGUCUACUGAGGUGAGGAACCCCACCAACACAGGUACCCUGGGCAAGCAGCGGGUACCAACGGGCAUGUCCUUCACCAACAUCUACUCCACUCUGGGAGCAGGUCCCAACCGUCUCUAUGACUACAGCCAACGCUUCGCGCUGGGCAUGGGCAGCAGCUCCAUCGAGCUGUGCGAGCGGGAGUUCCAGCGCGGCUCGCUCAGCGACUCCAGCUCUUUUAUCGACACGCAGUGUGACAGCAGCGUCAGCAGCUACAGUAAGCCGGACGGCUAUGUGCAGUUCGACAAAGACAGCAAGGCAUCGGCCUCCUCCUCCUCCCACUAUUCCCAGUCCUCCUCACAAAACUCAGACCUCACCAGGCCGCUCCAGAAGCGCAUGCAGACCCAUGUCUGACCACAAGGGUGAGAGAGCAUUUGAAGGAGUGUAACAAGCAGCCAGGAUUGUAAAACUGAGAAAGAAUCAGCUCCCAGGAGCCCCUAAAGUAACAAUGUUACUGUUUCCUCUGGACGCCUGGAGACGCAGGGGCUGGUUGGUUUUAAUACACCGUGGGACAUGUUCAGUCUUCUCAGUGUCCCGAAAAGUGGAUCAAGAAGCCUUAUAUUUCCCUCAUGCUUAACUUAUCAACCACCUCCUUUUUUUUAAGCCCCAUAAUCAGAAUUGUGCCACAGAGAUGUUAUUUGCCAACACAGAGACAACCCACAUUUUGAAUUUAAAAAUGCAGUACUCGGUUUCUGCAGUGGAAUUGUUAGCAGAGGGCAGGAAUACUACAAAACCUUUGUAUGACAAUCAGCUCCCCAGGCAAAGAGCAUUUUUGCUUUUUGAAGAUUGUCAUGCAGAAAAACUGAGAUUGUUGUUAAGCACGAGCAUCACGAUAAUGAGUGCGAGCCAAUGUCCUCCUGCUCUCUUGUAGUUUGAAGCACAAAAAAUGAAUGUGCAUGUGGUUUUCAGUUGUUAAAGCAAUAACUCUUUCCUCUCCACACCUUCCAUUCAAACACUGUAUGUUAAGCUUGUUGAAACUCGUCUCAUGCGUAGGUGGAAGAAAACUUUCUCCAUGUGCCCACAGACGUCGCGAACGUUUAAAAGAACAACUUUUUCUUUCUUUCUCCGCAGAAGUAUCUGGGCCACAGAGCUGGGCAGAUAAAGAGGGGCUGAGAUCUCAUUUUAAAUCCUUGAGUCAUUAUUUUACUGUGACACACAAAGAAUAUCAGUGUACAUACUGACUGUAAUUUCUUUUCUAGAAUCUGAUUUCUGACUCUGAUUUCCCUCAUGGAGGACUCUAAAUGAGACAUGAGCGCCUCUUCUUGUCCAUAUCUACUUUGCCUUGAGGGUCUGUGUGAUCUGUGUCAAUACAAAUUUUGACUAAGCAAGAUAGACAUACACUAUCAGCUCUUGUGUUGAUGGGGAGCUGCAUCCUCCACGGUGUUACCGUACCAAAUCCAGCUCCAAGGCAUGCGGCAGGAAAGCUCACAAACUGCAACAUACUGUAUGUUGUACUUGUGAGUUUCUCCUGCUAACGCCGCAGAUCAUCAGCCAUAUACUUAAGGGGAACCUGUUGAAUGAAAUGUAAACAUUAUAUUUUAGCUGAGCUUCUUUUUGUGUGGUUAUCCCAUUGCUAUUGUCAAUAUCACUGUUGACACUGGAGCUUAGUGCACCCUGACUGUAUACCUACCUGUGAUCGUGCCGGUCAUCAAGGGACAUGAAGAGCCACUUUUAGGAAAUGUGUUUUAUUUUGCUAUCUGCUUUAUUUUUGGCUACUGUGGAGCUGAUCGUGUCACACUGACUCUUUAUUUUGUUCUGUUCUGCACUGUAUGUGACAUAUAUGAAAUUGGAUUUAUUAUUUAAUCACUGACCUUGUAUUUGUUUUAGUUGAGAGUAGAGACAGUAGUGAUUUAGCUUGCAGUUACACAAACGCUUAUACUUUAAGUAACAUUAAAAAAAUGAGCCUCUGUCAAGACUGUCGUAGUAAUGCAUCAUGCAUGUUUUGGCAAAACAAGGUAAUGACUGGAGAGUGCUGCUUUUUUUUUUUUGCAGUACUGAACACUAGGAAUUCUAAUGCAGAUGUGCAGAUACCAUAAAGCAAUUGGACAAAAAUAUUGUAUCUGUAUUCUAACCUGGAUGCGACCACACACCACACUAUGUCAAGUUAAAUUUGGAUUUCUAAAUAAGAUGUAAACCCAACACAGGUUGUGAUGGUCAAAACUCCUUAAGAUGUGUUGAAGCAGACCCUUUGGUAAGAGCAACCAUUUACAUUAAUCAUCAGCCUCAGUUAAUUCAUACAUUAUUUCACAUUCUAUUUUAGCCAUCAAAAGCCUCAUACGUUUUUCAAGGUCUGUUCCAGCCAUACUUUAUAGAAUCAGCUUGAUUAUUAUUUGAUCAGUUAUUUGAAGGGUAACACCAAUGACACCAAUGUCACUUCAGUUUUGUCAAAGGUUACAAGGUUAUAUCUUAUCUAAUUGGGUAGUUUUUCUGUAUCAUCCAUAGCAAUUGGGAUAAUGUGUGUCUGAAACAGCCCAUAAAAUAACAAGCAAGGCAUUUCCAACAAAAGCAAUUUGUUGUUGUAAGCACUUUACGUUUGAUUAUAUUCAGGGCCUUUGAAUUGGGUUUUCCACUUGAGUGGCAGUGGUUUGGACUAACAUUUUACAAAUGGAUUGGCGCCCAUUGUAGAGCUUAAGACAAAAAGCUCUGUUUCAACGCUGAUAAUCCAGCUUGGCACUUAGCAGACUGUAUAUAAAUCUCUAAUGCUGUCUUUCUCUGUAUAUAAUUUUUCCUGGCUUUUCUUUUCUGUCUCAGUCAGAUUUCACUAUAUUAGAGCUUCAUAAAUCCACAUGGCAUCAAAACUGUGUAACAGACAAUAAUUUUCUCUUUGUUUCCCUUCCAGAAAUUUCAUCAAUCUUACUUGUUUCUUACAAAUUCCAUGAUAUGCUUGUGUGAGCAGUUUCUCUUUCCCCAGAUCUCACGGGGGAAAACUCACACUCUGUACAACGAGCACACGGGAGGCUAUAGGGUGAGAAGCUGAGCUUAGCUGGGACAGCUUUGAAGUGAGAUGCAGUAAGAGGUUAUUAUACCUUCAUUCCUUCUGAGAGAUGCCCAGAAAUAUAUUGCAUUUGGCACCAUGAUGACUGUCAAGUAUGCCUGUGCUGUUUUUUUAUGUAUUUUUCUCAGCAUGUAUGAGUGCAGGAUCAAAUUCUUACCUUGCUAUUGGCAGGACUCAAUUACAGUGUGGGGACAGUUUUCAUUGUUAUUAUCAUUUGCAUAUGUUAUGCAUCAUUGUACAUCCACAGUUUCAGAAUCCAAACAUGUUCACCAUUCAAAACUUAUUAGAAUGCAGACAUUGAGCACGUCUCUCCCUAGAAACAAAACAAAUUUGCUCUCCUCUCCAAAGGGUCCAGUUUUACUUAUCUGAUGCAGCUCCCGCACUGAUCCAAA